GAUUCGAUUCGUGUGUGCUAAUUUAGAGUGAAAAUACUGCCAUUUGUUGUUUGUUGUGUUUCGUUCUCAUCAUCAUCAUCAUCGUCGAGGUCGGCGAAGCGGAAAAGUAGCGACAACUAAAGCCGAUCGUCGCCUUUUCAAUUUCCAAAAGCGCGCGUCCAUCCGUAUAUCUGUGUUCUCUCUUUCCGUCUCUCUCUGUGUGUGUGUGUGUGUAUAAAAUUCUUUCGUUUUAACCAAAAUUCACCGCCGAAAUAAUACAGUAAUCGACUCGACUGCCGGUUUCCUCGCCUCGCAAAACUCUGAAGCUUUCUUGCACCGAAAUCAGGUGCACUUUGAUAGGACAGAAGGAGACCGGACAGGAGCAACAUCAGAAUGGCGAUCAUACUGCAAGAGGCCCAGGAGUGGUACAGGGAUCUCAUGGACAACAAGAGCGAUCCCCGUGUGAAUGACUUCUUUCUGCUGUCGUCGCCACUGCCGACCCUCGGAAUGUGCAUAUUCUAUGCAUACUUCAGCACAUCCCUGGGACCAAGACUUAUGGCCAAUCGGAAGCCAAUGGAACUGCGCUCGGUGCUAGUCAUUUACAACGCGAUACAGACGAUAUUCAGCGCAUGGAUCUGCUAUGAGUACUUAAUGAGCGGCUGGUGGGGCCACUACAGCUUUAAGUGUCAGCCAGUUGACUACGGCAACAGUCCCCUGGCCCUGCGGAUGGUCAACAUUUGCUGGUGGUACUACAUAUCCAAAUUCACCGAGUUCUUUGACACACUCUUCUUCAUUCUGAGGAAGAAGAACGAGCACGUAUCCACACUCCACGUCAUUCAUCACGGCUGCAUGCCGUUCUCGGUCUGGAUGGGUCUUAAGUUUGCCCCAGGUGGACACAGCACUUUCUUCGCCCUGCUCAACUCGUUUGUGCACAUUGUGAUGUAUUUCUACUACAUGAUCGCAGCCAUGGGCCCCAAGUACCAGAAGUUCAUCUGGUGGAAGAAGUACCUGACCACCUUCCAAAUGGUUCAGUUCGUGGCCAUCUUCACGCACCAGUUCCAGCUGCUGUUCCGCGACUGCGACUAUCCCAAGGGCUUCAUGGUCUGGAUCGGCCUGCAUGGCGUCAUGUUCCUGUUCCUGUUCUCCGACUUCUACAAAGCCAAAUACCUGAAUGCCGCCCGUCGUCGCCGGCAGGCUGUCAAGGCCAAUGGUCAUGCCAAUGGCAAUGGCCAUGGCCUGCCCGCCAACGGCCACAGCAAGCACUUGGGCAACGGCGAUGCACCACUGACCGCCAACGGCAGCAACAAGGGGGCCUGCAUGCCCGUGCUGGAGGACGAGUACGUGACGAGGAACGGGAAUGGGAACGCGAACGGGAACGGGCAUGCCGGUGGUGGCUUCUUCAAGGAAGGCGCGCUGUCCAGCAACGAGUCCAUCUUGAAUCCGGACAGCAGUAGCUCUAGUCUGCACCAGCGCAAAGUCAAAUAACUACUACUAAGAUUUACUACGAUGAUAUUCAUUAUGUUUACUGUUAAGUGUUAGCGUGUAACCGAACCAGAUUGAAGAACAAGACGGGAAAGACGGGCAAAAAGGGCAAGAAGCAGCUGCAGUAUGACCAUUGGAACUGGAACCUGGCACGGAACCUUCAACCGGGAGAACCAUUCGCUUUGUGAACUGUUCUUUUGAUAACUUAUAAAACAAAUAUGUUUAAUACACAAAUUAAUUCACCUCGGAAUCCUCUCCCCCACCCCACCCCACCCGAACCCCAAUCGAACAUUUUAUGAACGUUUUCUAUUGUGGCACAAGUUUACAAGACCCAGAAACAGACCAAAACCCACCCACCCACCCUCCUCACGAUCCCAUCACAGACGCAGACACAUACUCGACA